AGAUAUACGUCGUAAGUAUAUCUCAAUCGCUAUGCAAUAAUAUGGGGUUAUUAUCCCCAUCUAAUGCAACACUUCUAAAUUUUAUAGUGCCAUAAAAUUAACUCAUGGCAUCAAUCAAAAGCCUACGUCAUAAAGAUAAGGAGGAAAUGCAGAUAUUUAUACCUAGCAGUUGACUUUUGAACAACCAACUGUUUGUCCACAGGGGGAAUAUAACGUCUAAAGAAAUUGCCGAUCAUAUCGAUGUGGAUUAUGAGUGUCCAUUAAGAAAAUGCACUGUAAUGAGUUAUUAUGAUUUUAAAUGAUUCAUUUAUUUACUCAUGUAAAUAAACAAUUAAUUCAUCAUCAACAAUCUAUAGUGUUUUAUCAAAUUAGAAAUAAAAAAUAUUAUCGUCAUUGGUGGAUUCCAUUUCAUUUGAAUGAUUAUCAAACAAUCACACAAUCUAAAUUAAAUUCUUAUGAUCAAUGGAAUCAAGAAUGGCUUCAUUCAAAUCUUCCCAUAGAAUUAAAAUAUUUCGAUAUAUCACAUUUACCAUCUCAUUUAAAUAAAAGAAUAAAACCAACUAAAGAAUUUUUUCAAUUAAUUCAUUAUAAAGAAAAAACAGAAGAUUAUCAAAGAUGUUUAUUUGGUCAAUAUGGAUUACAAUGUGGUAUUAAUCCAUCUUUAUUAUUUAUGAAUGAACAUGAAAUAAUCUAUGAAAAAACUAAAGAAAAUCUAUUAGAAAAUUCCAUUCUAGAAAUAGUUCAUAUGAAUAAAGAACAAGAGAAUAAAACAAGAUUGAAUAAUGAAACAUUAAUGUUAAAAAUCAAGAAAAAUUUAAAUAAAAUGCCUGAAUUAUUAAAAAAAUUUCAUAAUCAAGAAGAGAAACAAUUAUCUAUGAAUAUUAUGAAAAAGGAUAAAAUGAAAAUGUUUAUGGAAGAGGCAAGAGAUCGUUUCGGUUUUUAUCCAAGUAGAAAAGAUCCAAAAUUUAUUAAAUUAAUUCAUGAAUCUGAUGAACAAAAUAAAUUAGAACGUAAACAGAAAAAGAAAUAAAUAGAUGUGAGUGUGUAUGUUUUAUAGAAAUAAAUUCAUUUGAUAUUAUUA